UCAGAAAAGGAAGGAGGCCAGAGAAAGGGGUGAGGAGGGAGGAGGAGAAGGAAUCUUCCUGUCUGGGUCUGCCCUCCCUUUCCUGCCCUCUCCCUUGGAGGGAUUCCAGGGGUUUGGGCUCAAAGUCCAGGCUGGGAGAGGAGAGUUCAAUGAGGGCCUGCCGGUGUGCCAGAGUGGGGGUGGGAGAAUCUGGGGCCCCUGGGGCGGGAGGCAAGCGGGGCUCCCUGCCCUUCAGCCCCUUGGAGCAGAGCCUGAACGGAAAUCUCCGGCUCCCUCUCCACUCCGCCGGUCUCCUCUUCUCCCUCCUGCUGCUGCCUGCACAUCUGGGUUAUUUAUUGCCCCCUCGCCUUCCAGAUGUUCGGGGUCCCCUUUCUUGACAGCCGGCCCCACGGGGGACGCUGAAGUCUGUGGGUCCUGGAGUCUCCCCUCCCCCCUGCCCCAUCUUGCCUUGCCUGGGCUGCCAAGUCCAACUCCCCUCCCCCUUUCCCGCCUCUGGGCCUCUCUCCCCACCUCCCCCACCCGGAAAUCCCCUCUUCCUCCGCUCCAGCCCCCAAGCCUCCUUCCCCCCCUUCCUGCACUCAUCCUGCCUCUUCCCCAGGGCCUAGGGAGGGGGAGGGGGGCGCUUUCCUCUGAACCAGCCUCCUUCUGGACUCCACCGAGGUCUCCCCCCAGCCUGGAGGGAGCUAGAGGCUGUGGGUGGGGGCAGGGUAGCCCUUCCCCCUUCUUUCUGAAAUGCCUAACUCAGCACAUUCCUGGAGGCAGCCCUGCGGAGCCCCACUUUCCUCCAGGGCUCUCCCAGACAGCCAGACUGGAGGCUCUCCACACAGGUGGGCAGAUGGCAUCGGGGAGAGCUGCCACCGAACCCAAUUGGCAUCGUGCUUCUAGGGGUGAUGCUGGUGCCAGGAAGACUCUUGGGAGCAUCCCAUUGAGGAGUGAAGGAGUUUUUAAGUGUCCGGAGGACCAGCUUCCCUUGGACUAUGCGAAGAUCUACCCGGACCCAGAGCUAGAGGUUCAGGUGCUGAGCCUGCCCAUCCGCUGCAUCCACAGUGAGGAGGGCUGCCGAUGGACGGGGGCCUUGCGCCAGCUGCAGGUCCAUCUGAACUCGUGCGGCUACAACGUGGUGGCCUGCCCCAACCGCUGCAGCGGCAAGCUGAGCCGGAGGGACCUGCCCAGCCACCUGCAGCACGAGUGCCCCAAGAGGAGGCUCAAGUGCGACUUCUGCGGCAUCGACUUCACCGGGGAGGCCUUUGAGGUGCCACGGGCG